AUGUAUAUAGAAGAAUUUUCUAAUUAACUAAAUUUGGAUCAAGAAACCUUAGAUAAAGUGAAAAUAGCUAUGCAGUAAUUUUCAGAAUAAGAAGAAAAAAUUUACGUUCCAGCUGUAGUUUAUUUGUGUAGUCAAAGCUGUCAAAUACAAUAAAUAGAUGGAUAAACAAAAUAAGGCAAUGGAAUAACACUUACAUAAGUAAUUCGCAAUUUGGAUCCCCAAACUGAUAUUGAGUAGUUCUUAUUGGUUUUGUAAGAGCUUCCUUCUCUUUUGAAGUAACAUUCAAGUGAAUUUGAUAGUGUUGUCAGAUAAGCCAAUUUCAGCUUCAGAUUAUACAAAAAGUUUGACAAAUGCUUUAGCCUCAUUCAGCCAUUCUAGAAUCCAAGUUCAACCCCUUAAUUCAGAAAAGAAGAUGAUAGCGAUCCAUAUAUCUAGGACUUAAAGAAGGUAGCAUGGAUUCUAUGCAUAAUGGUUCGAUAAAACAUUUUACAAUAUGAAGAGUAGUUAGAAAAGAAUGAAUACAAUAUCUAUGAUCCAAAUAGUAAAGUUAUUUUGAUUCUUGUUGGAUCUUUAUCGAUAGUAUUUAAAAAUUUACCAAAUACAUUUACAUAAAAUGUAGCAGAUCUUUCAUAAAAAAUGUUGACCUAUUUUUGUAAUGAUUUAGAUGAAUGUGAUGAGGAAUUAAAAUAUUAUUAAAAUUUGUGUUUUAAAUGCAUAAAUCAAAUAGCAAAUAUAAUGCAACAUAAAGCCAAAGUUUUAGAUUUGUAAUUAGAGACUCAAGAAAACCAAGUUCAUAUUUUAUUUGAAGAGAAUACAAUCGAUUAGACAUAUAAAAGACUACAUAAAUAUUAUGAAAAGACCAGAAAACAUUCUGAUUUAGAUGAAGAAUGCUUUUUAAGAUAAAGAGUUGUAUUUACUCCUAAAAAAGACAUCAACAAAUAAACUGAUUAUUCAGAAUUCGAAACUUUGCAAAAGAAAACCAAAAUAAAAAGUGACCCUCCUUUUAUGCAGACACCUUUAAAAGACAACAAGUUCUCUAACACCUUAGAACAAACUUAUUUUGAUAUUAAAAAAAAUGCUAUUCCUCAAACUCCAAUAAGUAAAUGUAUGGAAUUAUAUUAAUGGAUGAAGAAAAUCACUAUGCAAAAUUAUAAAUGUUUUGAGGAUUAUGAUGAAAAAGAGUUUUAUGAUAGGGCAAUCCAUAAAAUUAGAAAGUAUUUCGAAGUCACAGAAGCAAUGAAAACUUAAAAAUAAAAUGAACAAGAAUAAACUAUAUUCACAUUAUCUCUAGCUGUCAUUGACUCAUUAAUUAAAUAGAAUGAAGGUUAAUUUGAUUUGAAAUUACUUCAAAAUGAUUGUUUCCAAUUUUCUAUUUUGGGUUUGUCCUUGUACACGCAUUAGAUCAUAAACUAAAAACCUAACCUAUUGUAUAACAUGAAAUAAUUAUGCACAAUCUUUGAGAUAAGCCCACUUGAUUUAUUUAGAGUGAUUGCUAAUUUUGCUCAUUUCAAUCGACAGAUGCCCUCUACUAUUACUUCAUAACUAUUUGAAUUAGAGAAACACAUCCUAUUCAAUUUGAUGUGGCAAACAGAUGCUAAGAAACUAGUUGAAAUCUUCAGAGAUAAUUCCCCAAAAUAUUUUGAAUAGGAAUUGGUGAGAAGAUUCUAGAACCAUUUAGCCUUGAGAGUGAAAGAACUUUGUAAAAUACUACAAUUAGAAAUUCAUGAUUUUGCUUAUUCAGCAAUAUGUGAAUUUAUGAAGAAUCCAAAAUUAGAAGUCCUUAAAGAUGUGAUUUUUGACACUGUGAUAGUUUGCACAUUUUAUGUGAUACAAAAACAUCACAAACAAAGUCCUUCCUUUAAUUCUUUCAAUAAACUAUACACUAAAUAUUACUCGUAACAAAAGCAAGUCUUCACAAGAAUCGUUGAGUAUUACAACGACAGAUUUUUGAAUGAAUUCCGAGACAUCGUUAAAUCAAUAUCCAAUGCUCAACCUUUGCAUAUUCCUAAGAAUUUUGAAUGUCAAAGUCCAUUGAUAAUAAAACCUAUUCCUGUAUCUCCUAAUUAGAAACUAUCCUAUAUUGCUACUCCAGAACCACCUUCCCCUCAAAAAAACUUCAUGCGCUCAUUGAUGCAAAAGAUAAAACCAUAAUAAUAACCAUAAUAAAAAUAAUAAGACAUUCAACCUUUCCAAGAUUGA